AUGGCUUCUCGCGAUGUCCUCAAGGUCUCGGCUUUGCACUACAAGGACCCAAGCAAGACUGACGAGGAGUUCGAAAGGCAUGUCUCCGAGAGCAUCAACCCUGCCUGGGUGAAUCUCGUUCAGAGACACGAGGUCAUGAAAUAUUCCAUUGUUACGGAAAAGGUCCGCCCAGGGUGGACCGUCAUCAGCUCACAUGCGGUUCUCACCUAUUGGGCCCGGGAUAUCCAGCACAUUAUGGCCCUUACCAGCGAUCCGGAGUAUCAGGAGAUCGGUCGGGAGUCAGAGGCCGGCCGGAUCGAUUCUACCAGGGGAGAGAUCAUGGUGGGGUACGAGAAGGUUUACAUCGACAACAAGGAGAUGGUCGAUGGGACCGAUAAGAACUAA